AUUAGAAUGAUACAAAUGUCAUUGUCGAAAUGUGUAUGACAACACUUUUACUUAAAACGUACAAAAACGUUUUUUAUCCAGAAGGUAAUAUCCCAGAACCUGCAUACUGCGGUCAUUUAAAAUGUAACUUUACUUGGAAAUAAACUCUUCUUAUUAGCCGAUAAGUAAACGAGUGAAACUUUAAUCCUUCCUCAACUUUGAAAAAAAUGUAACAGUCGCUUUCGCUUCAUCACUUCCGCGAAUUGUCGGAGAGUAGCGACAUUUUGAUUCAUUCAGGCGGGAGAUUCGGAAACAAUAACAACUAAUUCUGCCCGGCAGCUAGUGUCAAACCAAAAAUAUAAAUUCUCCAUACAGCCUGGAUGUUGACCGAUCAUUUGGUUAAUGGAAAACGACGACCAGAUGAACUUUCUAACGGAUCAACAGCUGUUGUCCUUUUUCCACCGCAAGAAGACGAAUAUUUCAUGCAUAGAACAACCAGACACACUCCUCACACAGCUCAGAGACCACGACCUGUUGCCGGAGCAGGAGCAGCUCUUUAAGAAGGUAAAAGCGAUGAACACUCGACAACAAAAGCAGCAAGGAGUCUAUGAGGUUCUGGAGUGGCUGGAAAAAGAGAGAUCUCAGGAAAUACGUAGUUUCUGGAACUGUGUGUUUGAAGAUCAUAUCAUGCAAAUGUACCCUACGCUACACCUGCUCAAAAAAAGCCUGCUGGAGGAUGUCAUCGGUGUCUCUAAAGAGCUUCUUGGCAGUGAGACACCACCGAUGGAAGCAAAUGAAAGAAUGCAGAGAAAUAAUGAUGACAGUAGUGAGGACAGUGGCGAUCCAGGUCCUUCUUCUGCUUCCACUUUGACUCGCAAGAGACCAGCCAAUAAACCUUCGUUCUCAACUCCUGUUAAGAAAGGAGACAAACGGGAGAAUUGUAUGCUUUCCAAAACUGAAUCUCAGUUGCCUGUAAAUUGUGGGAAUGAAGAAGGCAUUCUCUAUUCGGACAAACUGGCCAAAGGGGAGAAGUGUAUUUUGGCCCAGGAACGUUGGUUCUCCCCAUCUGAGUUUGAGAAGUUUGCAGGGAAGGAAAGAAACAAAAACUGGAAAUACAGCAUCCGCUGUGCUGGCGCACCACUUAAAAAACUCAUCGAGGAAGAUCAUCUUCAGACUUCACCAAUGAAGAGAAGAAAGAGGAAAUGUGUCCGAAAUAGCAAGAAAGUACAGAUUGCAGACAGUUCUGAGAGCUCCAAUCCAGACUCAAAACCCGACUUCCAGCAGCAGAGGAGGAGAGCAGGAUUAAGAUCACAGAUUAGAAGUAGAGUUGAUGAUGAGGAUGAUGAAGAUGAGAUAGCAGAUCUGACUGUUUUCCAGGCUCCAACUUUACCAGUCACCUGUGUCUCACUCACUGGGACUCUGUACAAAAAACGGUUUGCCACAGGGAAGCGUGGGAAGAGUAUACGGACUGAGGAACGCUGGUUCACUCCGGAGGAAUUUGUAAAGGAGGAACCUACUCUCAUUGAUGGACUCUGGAAAAGAGAUAUACUGUGCCAUGGAAAAACUCUCAACUUUUUAUGCAAGAAAAAGAUCCUGCAGAUUCAUUCUCUUCUGUGUGAAUGUUUGCAAUGCAGCACUGAUUCAGAAGACCUGAUGGACCAAAACAAUGAUGACUUGUGUUAUGCUUGUCACUCUCGGGAAAAUCUGGCAUGCUGCGAUAAAUGUCCUCGAGCAUUUCAUCACCACUGUCACCUACCAGCUGUACCUAAAGGCUCAUCUGGGGAUUGGAGUUGUACCUUUUGCUUGUUAAGAACCAGUCUGCAAUGCCGUGCCCCAAUUAACAUGAGUGAACAAGAAGCUUUUGAUGCUCCAGUAUCUGAAUACAUACAGCGUUGCCGCUACCUCCUGUUAUGUAUGUAUAAGGAGGAUAUCCAGAAAGUGUUUGUAGAGGAUCCACGCCAAAAUGUGGACAGAUACUCUGAGUUCAUAUCUCAACCAAUGUGGCUAGACAGAAUAAAAACGAAGUUGGAAAGUAAGAAGUAUCAGAAGGUUGGAGAGUUCGUCUCUGACAUCCGGCUCAUUUUCAGCAACUGCAGGAAAUUUAAUCGGGACAAUAAGUUUGGUCAGUUGGGCACCAAAAUGAAGGAAAUCUUUGAGGAGGAGAUCCAGAAAAUCUUCUUUAUUCAAUAACAGGUCUCUCAUCAAAGUCUUUCAAAGAUACAGUGAACUUCUGAACAGCUUUGAAUAUUCAGUUUAACCCAUUAUAAUGUAAAUGAGAUGGAUUACAUUAAUUAUCCCACUGCCCUACAGAUGAUAUGUGGUAUGGAUGAUAACUUGGCUUGCUUUUCAAAACGCUGUACAGUACAUCUUUUUGUAAUGUCACUUUUUUCAAUGCUCUGAGAUUUUACUGUAUAUUUAUGACAUGGAUUGCAAUUUGCAUUUGGUAAUCUGAUUAUGUCUGCAUUAGUUUUUCUCCUCCUCUUACAGGUCUUAAUCUCAGUCGAUCCUUAAAGGUGAACGGUGCUAUUUUUGUAACUGCAAACAUUGUUUUAAAAAGGUUCAAAUUCCUAAAGCCAGAACAGCCUUGUGGACCUGCACCUUCUUCCACCAUUCUGCCUUAAAAAACAACAAACUAAAUGUUUUUAAAGCCCAAGAGAGGCAAAUAUUUGCACUCUUUUUCAGAAGCUAACCAUUAGCUAAUCUUUGAAUAGGUUAUUUAAUUUUAAAGAUUAUAAUGAUAAAAUAAAAAUAAGUAGAUUACAUGAUUUACCUUUAAGACCUACAUUUUUUAAUGU